AUGGGUUUUGGGCAAAGGUGGAGGGAGUGGGUUAUGGAGUGUGUCGGCACAACGUCUAUGUCGGUUUUUGAUAAAUGGUUCACCAACAAAGCCGCUCAAGAUAGAAAGAGAAUGAUUGGAGAGGCAGUUAGAAAUGGCCGGAUAUCUCAUUUAUUUGUUGGGAGAGAUAAUAUAGAAUUGUCACAUCUCCAGUUUGCCGAUGACACUGUCUUGUUCUGUCCGACAGAGGAGGAGACUAUUAAGAACUACAAGAGGCUCCUACAAUGUUUCGAGUUGAUGUCGGGGUUAAGCAUCAAUUUUGAUAAAUCCAGCUUGAUCCCAAUCAAUUGUGAACAUCAGUGGAUUCUAAGCAUGUGCAUCUUGUUAGGGUGUAAGGAAGCUUCUUUGCCGGUUAGAUACCUUGGAAUUCCUUUAGGAGCUAACCCGAGGUUGAUCAAGACUUGGAAGUCAGUUAUAGACAAAGUGGAGGAGAAGCUCAGCUUAUGA